GAGACACAAACGGUGGGGAUUCCAGAGAAGGGGUUACGGGGAGCGCCCCUCUCCAGUCCCUGAACACACACCCACCUCCUGCGCGAGCGGACCCUCUUCCCUCUCGCAGGGUUGGGACACCCACCCAAACCAGAUUCCUUUUAGAGAUUCUCCCGGGGCUCGGCGGUCCCCCAGAGGUCACCGGAGGGAUGUUGACGGUUUUUCACGCCGGGGGGGAGGGGGCGAUGAUGAAGAGCUGAAGAGCAGGCUGCACUUGACCCCCUCCCCGGGGACCAAGAGGGACUCGGCGCGUAGCGCGGGCGGCGGGAGCCGGCCCGGGGGUGGGCGGUCCCCUAAGUCCCACCUUCGGGGCGGCGCCUGUCGGCGGGGAGUGUCAGGAAGAGGAAGAGCGCGGCCGAGUGUGCGGUGCGGAGCAGGGGCCGGGCCGAGGCAGCUGCGCGCGGGCCACCAUGGCCACGGACGAGCUGGCUAGCAAGCUGAGCCGGAGGCUGCAGAUGGAGGGCGAAGGCGGCGAGGCGACCGAGCAGCCGGGGCUCAACGGGGCGGCGGCGGCGGCGGCCGGGGCUCCCGACGAAGCUGCCCAGGCGUUGGGCAGCGCGGACGACGAGCUGAGCGCCAAGCUGCUGCGGCGCGCGGACCUCAACCAGGGCAUCGGCGAGCCGCAGUCUCCCAGCCGCCGCGUCUUCAACCCCUACACCGAGUUCAAGGAGUUCUCCAGGAAGCAGAUCAAAGACAUGGAGAAGAUGUUCAAGCAGUAUGAUGCCGGCAGAGAUGGCUUCAUCGACCUGAUGGAACUGAAACUCAUGAUGGAGAAACUGGGGGCCCCCCAGACUCACCUGGGCCUGAAGAGCAUGAUCAAUGAGGUUGAUGAGGAUUUUGACAGCAAACUCAGCUUCCGGGAGUUCCUUCUGAUCUUCCGCAAGGCGGCGGCAGGGGAGUUGCAGGAAGACAGCGGCUUGCACGUCCUGGCCCGCCUCUCUGAGAUCGACGUCUCCACAGAGGGCGUUAAGGGUGCCAAGAACUUCUUCGAGGCCAAGGUCCAGGCCAUCAACGUGUCCAGCCGCUUUGAGGAGGAGAUCAAAGCCGAGCAAGAGGAAAGGAAGAAGCAGGCUGAGGAGGUGAAGCAGCGGAAGGCGGCCUUUAAGGAGCUACAGUCUACCUUCAAGUAGCCAGGGCUAAGGCCCAGACCCGGCCCUGCCCGGCGAGCAGUCUGGGGGCACGGGUGGGUACAGGAGACCCGUGGGAGACAAGCCUGAGUCCUGGUCUGUGAGGCCCAGGACCGCUACUAAACUCUAAACUGUU